GGAAUUGGGACUUUCGCGGUUUUCGGCUCUAGGGUGGCCAAGGUCCGCCAUCACGUAGGAGAUGCCCUAGUUUUCUUUAGCUUUGUCCGGGGCUCUCAUUUUGACCAUGGCGAAAGACCAGCUGCCGCCCAAAUCAGAGGUGCUGGAUAUUCCACCUGGCUUCGACCGAGAUCGUAUGGUGGAAGUUUUGAAAAUCAAGGAGCAGGCCAACGAGAAGUUCAGGGCUGGGGACUACUUCAGUGCCAAGUGCCUCUACUCAGGCAGCCUGGAAAUGCUCGAGCGCUGCUGCCUUCAUUUGGACAAGGCGGAUGAAGUCUGGGAAGGCAUCAAGAACAACAUGGCGCUUUGCGACCUGAAGCGCCAAGAAUGGGGCCGCGCGGUGGACACAACCACCGAGGUGCUGCAGCGGAACGCGCAGAACACCAAGGCCCUGUACCGCCGGGGCGUGGCCCGGAUCGGGCAGGGGAAGCUUACGGAGGCCCGGGAGGAUCUGGAGCAGGUGGUGGUGCUGGAGCCGGGGAACGGCGAUGCCCGGCACAAGUUGGCCGAGAUCCUCAAGCAGCUGAAGGCGAACCGAACCGCUGAGAAGGAGCAAGCGGACAAGAUGCGCGGUUUCUUGCGCGGAGAGCGCAUCGAUGACACGGUGCCCAUCACGGAAGAUGGUAGCGUGCGAAAACUCCAUGGGAAUGAGAAUGCCCCGCUGUUCGCCUCCUGGAUCAAGCGCUCCUGGCUGCAAGAGAAGAGCGGCGUGGCGGGGGUCGUGACGGCGCACGUGGUCAUCAAGACCCCCGCCGGCAAGGAGCUGCUAAACACCAGGAAGCCGCCGGGCAGCCUGGCCCCGGAGCAGCCCAUGGGCCCCAUGGCGGCGCCCAAGGCGGCUGAGCGCCCGGCGGAGCCGGCGCGCUGGGUGGUGGACGACGCCCGAGGCAACGUCUUCGCGGCCUGGAAUAGCGCGGGGAAGACGUUGCAGCUCUACGAGUUGGGGAAGUUCGAAGUGGCCCGGCGUUCCCUCGGCCCCUCCGUGGAGCCCGCCAUCUCGCGGUGCCUGCAGCAGUGGCUCCCGGACUCGACUCCGCAGCGCGAGAUGUACAAGGACAUCCCGGAGGAGGUGAAGCAGAGCAGCCUGCGCCGGCAGGCGCUGCAGAUCCUGGGCUUGCCGGAGGAGUUCUGCAUGGAGGAGGAGAAGGAGCCGAACGGAACUUACUCCAUGGAGAUGGAGCUCUUGGAGAGCGCGGAGUACGUGGAUCUGGACGGCGACGGCAGGUACCUGCUGCGUGUCAUCAAGGAAGGCAAAGCCUCCAGCCCUGUGGAGCAGCUGGCCAAAGUGCAAGCGCACUUUCGGAUCGCUAAGCUGUUGAUGAACUUUAGCCUGAAGGACACGCGCAUGGGCUUGGCGCCUGGGCCCAAUGGCCUGGUGCUCCGGGCGGAUCGCACCAAGGAGCCUAUGGAGUUCGUCGUGGGGGAGGAGGCUGCAGCGGAGGAGUUCGUCCCUCCCUGCGUGGGGCACUGCCUCAAGCUGCCAAAUGCCGUCACCGAAGGCACCCACUUUGAGUUGGUGCUCCGGGAUGGCGUGCCCAUCCGUGACAUGGAGAAGGACAUCCACAGCGCCUACAACGAGGGCUGCAGUUUGCCGGACACCAGCGGACCCGUGUCCAUUCACAUCGAGGUUGAGAAGGUGGUGCCGCCAAAUCGCGGGCCCUCGGACCAGCUGUGGCAGGGUCUGGAGUCCAUCCGCUCAGAGCGGCGCAGGGCACAAGAGCUCGAGACCAUGGGCCACACGAGGCAAGCUUUGAGGCGAUGGCGGCGGAUCCUGCUGUGGUUCGACGAGAUGCUGGCGAGUCGGAAGUGGAAGACUCAAGAGGGGAAAGGCGGAGAUAGCAUCUACGAUUUGCAGUGGGACGCCGAGGGAGCCGAGGGCGACGGCAAAGCCUCGCCCUUCUCUCCACCUCGGCGGGACGCUCCGGGAGUGCCGUGCCUGGAGACUCGCACGGCGACCUCAGAGAAGCAGCCUGAGAUGCUGGUGGUGGAGGACCAGCUGCUACGACAGCUGGCGGACGAAGAGCUGUGUGAGUGGGCUGCUGCACAUGCGGCGCUGGCAGCUGCGGGCGGGGCAGAGUCCACCAAGCAUGGGAGGUGUGCCGUGCAGGGCUGCCAGCUCACGCGGGUGCCCGCGGAGGUGGAGAUCCAGGGAAGAUCCGCCUACGCUGAGCGCUUGGGGGAGGAGGGCAAAACGGAGGAGGCCUUGGCCGUUUUGAAGGAGGCGCUGGCGUUGAAUCCCCAGAGCACGGCGCUGAGGGAUCAGAUCGCCAAGCUGAACUUGAAGGACAGCGAGAACAAGUCGGUGACCACCUUGAGAUCUCUGAAGUCGUUGAAGCAGGACUUGGGGGACAGCUUGGAGGCCAACGACGUGGCCGGGCUCCAGGCGCUGCUGCAGGAGCUGGAUGCCCUGCCCCUCACCUGGGAGGCGGCCUCCGAGACGAAGAUCGGAAAGGAGGUGGGCUUGUGCGCCAAGCAUGCCGACCAAACGGUGAGCGAGACGGCGAAGGGUCUGAUCGGGCGCUUGCACAAGUUGGCCAAGGCCGAGCGCCCUCUUUGGGUGCGGUAGACCGAGAUCUCGCUGGCUUCGACCCGAGAUCUCCCGGCCAAGACGGCCGGGGCGGGGCAGGACCCACCGAUCCAUCGCAUGUG